GUCAGCGUGCUGUUCCAGAAGAACCCGGAUUGCGAAGCGGUUCGACGCGGCGAGUUGAAACCGGUAAGAAGCGGCGAAACCGAGCCGAAACCGGGCCGAAACCGGGCGAUUUAACACCGGGGAAGCGCGGCUCUGCGUGUUUUGUUUUUAAAGAAGGGAGAUUGUGAGCGAAGCUGUCGGUAACCGAGCGAGUUUCCGUUUCUCUCCCGGGACACGGUGAUGAGUCUCGAUGAAUGCACGGAGAAGGCACGGCUCUAGAAGCAGCGAGCAGGGAGUGUAUCUGGGACCCUCGCACACACAGGCGCUGACCCCCGGCCCCCCCGCAGCCAGCGCCCCCCCCGAGCCCCUCCUCCACGACAUCAUGUCCUGCCGGGACCGGACCAACGAGUUCAUGUCGGCGUGCAAGUCCCUACAGGGGAGACAGAAUGGUGUCCUGAUGAACAAGCCCUCCCUGACCGCAGUGAAGCAGAGGAGUGACUUCACUGUCAUGGCAAAGAGGAUUGGGAAGGACCUGAGCAACACGUUUGCCAAACUGGAAAAGAUGACGAUACUGGCCAAAAGGAAAUCUCUGUUUGACGACAAAGCAGUGGAGAUUGAGGAACUCACCUACAUCAUCAAACAGGAUAUCAGCAGCCUGAAUAAGCAGAUUGCUCAGCUGCAGGAUCUGGUGCGAGCGCACAGCUCUCAGAACGGGAGGCACGUGCAGAGCCACUCCAACACCAUCGUCGUGUCCCUGCAGUCCAAACUGGCCUCCAUGUCGAACGACUUCAAGUCCGUGCUGGAAGUCAGAACAGAGAAUCUGAAGCAGCAGCGCUCUCGGAGAGAGCAGUUCUCCCAGCCCCCUGCCUCUGCUGGACCGCGGCACGCAAACAACUUCGGCAGCUCCGUGUUGAUGCAGGACGAGAGUCGGAGCUCCGGUGCUGUCUCCAUUGAUAUGGACUCGAGAUCCAGCCAGCAGCUCCAGCUCAUCGACGAGCAGGACUCGUACAUUCAGAGCCGGGCCGACACCAUGCAGAAUAUAGAGUCAACCAUCGUGGAGCUGGGGUCCAUCUUCCAACAACUCGCUCACAUGGUGAAGGAGCAGGAGGAGACGGUGCAGAGGAUCGACUCCCACGUUGAGGAAACGCAGCUCCACGUGGAAGGAGCUCACGCAGAGAUCCUCAAAUACUUCCAGUCCAUCACAUCCAACCGCUGGCUCCUGAUCAAGAUCUUCCUCAUCCUCAUCGUCUUCUUCGUCGUCUUCGUGGUGUUCCUGGCCUAACGAGGGAGCGGGGGAGAGGAGGAGGAGGAGGAGGAGGCUUGCGACUUGCAUCGAACUCUUAACGAUUUUCAAUCCAUUCUCUUGAUACUGAACCAGUAGAGAAUGAAAAGAGAAAUCGUGGGGAGAGAGAUAAUCUAUAGAGAGAUUUAAUCUAUCUGUCUCUCCAGUGGCUCCCCCUCUAAGCUAUUAUAGAUGACAUGACCUGCAGAUUUGAGGUUCGCUGUGUUUGAAUCGGACGGUAUCAUUCGACAAUUUUUUUUGGGGGGGGGGUCCCCCCUGUUAAUUUGCCCCCGCCCCGUGCCCCUCGACUGUCUCUCUGCUCCACACGGUACUCUGCAUCACAUUCCUCUUCGCUGUAGAGAUUCGCAGCAGCAGUGACUGGAGGAGGAGAACGGUUUUGCAUGUUUUGAAGCGUCCGCAAUGCAUAGCGACGGGCCGGCUUCGCUGUUAAUUUAGGAGAUGAACUGCCGCGGGACGGGGACGGGGACGGGGACGGGGCAUGAAGAGCGAAACCGUGAAGAAUUAAAAAAAACAAAACACUUUAAACCCAAAACUUGCUUCGGGCCGUCCUGAAGUAAGUGAGUAAGACUCUCGUUGCACAGCAUUGAUAUUUUGGAGGGGAGGGGGCAACUUACAGAAAUACAUAAUUUAGUUAGUUGACAGAAGGUUGGUUUCACAAACCCGGCAGCCAUUUUAACAGGCUUGUGAAACCGACCCCGAGUAUAAUUUAUAUAGCGUGUUGAUUUUUUUUUUUUUUUUUUUUUGCUUUGCUUCAGGUAGUUAACUGGAAUAACGUUCUCGGUCGUAUCGGUGAGGAGUUUUUGUUUUUUUUGUUUUGAAGCCAAUUUUAUGUAGUUUUUAAAAAAAACAAGUGUUUUAAGAACACGGGAACUGCUUUUCAAUUAACAUUCCAGCUCUCCUUUUUCUCUCCCUUUCUGUCAUCCCUCCAUCUCAUGCUGAAAUAAAAUGUGAAUU